AACGUUCCCACUUUCCGAAGCGACUGGCUCGAGCUGAGGGCAGCCGGGCGACUCCGGAGCUUUGGGUCGUCGGGCCGGGCCCGGGUGCGAGGCAGGACAGCCGCAGAGCUUGCCGACCGUGCGAGGGGAGAGAGGGCGCUGUUAUUUGUGACUGCAAUGAAAAAUGCAGGCAAUGGCACACCACCCAAGCUCAAGAGCUCCAAAGAAUGGUUGGAACCACAAUCGAUUUCUUUUACUGAGGUCUUAGCUAAAGAAGAUACUGAUGCAGCUAUUGAAUCAAUAUUAUACAGAGAAAAUUAUGUAAUUAAGGAACUAGAUAAGUGUUUACAACAUCAUGACUUCUUAAAGGCAAGAAGGAAAGAGAUGCUACAUAAAAGAUGGGUCGACCAUGUGGCAGAACCUCUCCAGAAGAAAAUCCUAGAAAAAGUUUGUUCAUACAAAAAUAUUAAAAAAAGGAGACAACAGGAAUUAGAUAGUUUUUUAAAACACGCAAAUAAAAAGGGAAAUAUAUUCAUAGAACAUUAUGAUCCAAAAGAGUAUGAUCCUUUUUAUAGGAGCAAAAAGGACCCUAAUUUUCUGAAGGUUACCAUUCCACCAUUUCGUGACCCUUUGAAAAAGGCACAAUGUGACAAGGAUGAUGAAAAAAGAACUCUUCUUCAGUGUGAGACGGGCAAAAUAUAUACAAUGAAAGAAUUUAAAGAGAUUGAGAAGGCCAAACUGCAUUCAAGAUUCCCAAGCAUUUCCAGUUCAAGGGACUUUAUGACUCCAAAUGAGUGGCUUAAACUGCCUACAAGAUACAUAGAAAGUGAAUUUUGCAAAAGGAGCAGGUUAAAAGUGAAAGUGAAUUUUAACCAUACUAGUUUUGAUUUGAAACCCUUGGCAAGAGCUCCUCAUCUUCUGGCAUCCCAGGAAGAAGAAACAGCAGUAACUUACAAAACCAAAGGGUUAUCCUUUCUGGAAAAAGAAACUCUGUGUUAUCAGGAGGGAAAGAAUCCAAGUCCUAAAGAGGCCAACUCUGAAGGGCACUGCUCUUCCUUGAACCUCAACCAGGAGGUAGAACGGGAUGAAGAUCAGGAUGUGGUAUUAGCUAGAGAAGACAUUGAUGAAGCUGUGCACGCAAUCUUAUUUAGAGAAAACUAUGUUGUGAAGAGACUGGAUACAUAUUUUCAGCAUCUGGAUACUUUUAAGGAAAGAAGAAAAGAGUUGUUACAUAAAAAGUGGGUCCAAAAUGUUGUAGCACCUCUUCAGCAGAGAAUUUUGGAAAAAGUAAUUUCAUAUAGAGGGCCUGAAAAAAAGAAACAAGAGAAUUAUGAAUAUUAUUUAAAGGACAGAAAUAAAAUGGAAUUUGUAUCUGGAGAACAUUACGAUUCUGAAAUAUAUGAUCCUUUUUGUAUAAAGGAAAAGGGCUCAGACUCUAGAAAGGUUGCAUUGUCACCAUCGUUUGAUCCUCUGUUUCAAAGACAGCAAAUGGAUGAAGAGAAGAGCACUAGUCUUCUGGUUAGUUCACCCGGGUUCACUUUAACCCUACACAGUGUGAUUGCAGAAGAGCUGCGUAAAAUCUCAGCAAGGUCCUCCGCCAGCUCCUCCACCAGCUCUGGGAGUGAAACUUAUGGUAAAUGCAGGUUUCUUGAAGCGCUGACAACACUGCGCCCCCUGCUGGUGAAGCUCUGACAACACUGCGCCCCCUGCUGGUGAAGCUCUGACAACACUGCGCCCCCUGCUGGUGAAGCUCUGACAACACUGCGCCCCCUGCUGGUGCACUGCAGGACCCUCUAAGCACUGAUGCACUUGACGUUACAUCCUAAUAUCCUGGCAUCAUCUUCGUCUCCUACUCUCAUUUCUUUUUGUCUCACUUUGUCCAUCCAGUUAUUUUAAAUUUUAUCUUGCUGCAUUUUAUACAUUUAAGUAGGCUAUUUUAUAAUCUUUUUGGAAUAAGACGGAUAUUAAAUAAAUGCAAUUUACAACAUUAAGACAGUUGGCAUUCUGAUUCCGGGUGCGGUGGCUCAUGCCUAUAAUCCCAACACUCUGGGAGGCCAAGGCGUAUAGAUCGACUGAGCUCAAGAGAAGGAGACCAGCCUGAGCCAGAGCAAGACCCCAUCUCUAAAUCACCUGAGCAUGUGUCAGGCACCUGUAGUCCCAGCUACUUGGGAGGCUGAAACUAGAGAAUCACUUGAGCCCAAGAGUUUGAGGUUGCUGUACUGAAGCUGCAAAGUGAGACACAGUCUCAAAAAAAAAAAAAAGAAAGAAAGAAAAAAAGAAAGUUGACAUUCUGUUUGUUUUUGGAGUAUAAAGUAGCUAAUAAGUAAAUAUGAUUUAAAAAACCACUUUGCUAUUAGAUGGGAAAAAUCAUGGUCCUGGUGCCAAGAAAAAUCAAGUCCAAUUCCUUGCUAUGUUUUUGUUUCCCUUGGAAAUCGCUGGGGAUACUUCUCUCCACUCCUGAGAUUCCCCAUCU